AUGGUGGAACGUAAAUUAAGCCAAGACAAAUACGAUGCAAAGCACGAUGAGAAGCUUGGCAUGGUCGUCAAAGGAUCGUCGCCGCUUUGGAUUCGUAUCCUAAUUGGCAUAUUGCGGAUAUGGUUUUUUAUUUACGACUGCCUGAACUACAUUCCAUAUCAGUUGUUCAAUUCGCCUACGGAGAAAUUACGUAAAUCGUCCGCAAUCAAGGCUCAAUGGGUUGAUGCUCGUGACGGCAAUAUCAGGCAUGUGGAUGGUUUGAAGAGUGAGGAAUUUCCAGGAAAAGACACCGUUGACAAGGUGUGGCGUCAUAUUGUGGAGUUGUAUGAUGAGGCUCCUGCUCUUGGAACUCGUCAGUUGCUGGCAGUCCAUCAUGAAAAGCAAGAAGGUGGACGAGUUUUUGAGAAGUGGGAGAUGGGCGAAUACGAAUGGAUGUCGUAUCGUGAGGUUGAAGCAAAGGUAGCAGUUAUAGCUGCUGGUUUGAAGGAUCUCGCCACCGGAGAGGAUCCCAAAGUUGUCAUCUUUGCGGAGACUCGAGCUCAUUGGCUUAUCACCGCUUUGGCAUGUUUCCGAGCGAACAUUCCAAUAGUUACUGUGUACGCUACGUUGGGUGAAGAUGCAAUUGCGCACGCCAUCGAUGAAACGGGUUCAUCCAUCCUCAUCACAUCAUCUGAGCUGCUCGGAAAAAUUGAAACACUUGGCAAACGCUGCGUAUUUCUUCAUACGCUCAUCUUUUUCCCAGCAGUUAACAAAGAUGCACCAGCUCCAAAUUUGGAACCCUUCCGGAAACAAUUCAAAGAGGUUCUGUCUUUCAAUGCUCUUCAGACGAGAACGAGUUCGACCAUCAAGCAGUCCACCGCAUCCGCUGAAGAUCUUGCUCUGAUCAUGUACACUUCCGGAACCACUGGUCCACCAAAGGGUGUCAUGCUCCAGCACAAAAACAUCGUUGCUGCCAUAUGUGGACAAGGCAACGGUGUCGCUAUCAUCAACAACACUGACACAUACAUUGGAUAUUUGCCGCUCGCACACAUUCUCGAAUUGGAUGCGGAACUUACGUCGCUUUGUUAUGGAUGCAAGAUUGGCUACUCAAGUCCAUUAACGUUGCAUGAUCGUGCAAGUAAAAUCAAAGCGGGUACUCAUGGUGACUGCUAUGCCCUCCAACCAACACUCAUGGCUGCUGUACCAGCUAUCAUGGACCGGAUAUUCAAAGCCGUAUCUGAAGAAGUUGCUGCGAGUCCAAGGAUUAUGCAGGAAUUGUUCAAGCUCAACUACGAACGUAAACGAGCUCGAUACCAAGAAGGGUACUGCAGUCCAUUCCUUGAUAGGAUUAUAUUCAAGAAAAUUCGCAGACUAUUGGGUGGACAGUUGAGAGGUGUGCUUUCUGGCGGUGCACCUUUGAACGCCGAGACUCAAAGGUUUAUGAAUAUAUGUAUGUGCUGUCCUGUCGUUCAGGGCUACGGUUUAACUGAGACAUGUGGAGCAGCAUGUGUUGCCGAUAUCAAUGAUCUUAGUACGGGUACUGUCGGACCUCCAGUUCGCUGUUGCGAAAUUGUUUUACGGGAAUGGACUGAAGGCGGGUACUCUCCCUUCAAUGACCCACCACGGGGUGAAAUUUUGAUCACCGGUGAGAACGUAUCGCCUGGAUACUUUAAGCAACCGGAAAAAACUGCUGAAGAAUUCAUUAUGUAUAAGGGAAAGCGGUAUUUCUGCACUGGAGACAUUGGAGAGAAACGUGUAGAUGGAUCGUUGAUCAUAGUUGAUCGGAAAAAGGAUCUCGUGAAAUUACAGCACGGUGAAUACGUUUCUCUCGCAAAGGUAGAAUGUGCUCUCCUCAACUGCCCCAUCGUUGACAAUGUCUGCGUAUAUGGAUAUGGUCUAGAGGCUAACACGAUUGCUCUUGUUGUGCCAAAUUUGAAACACCUGGAGAAGAUUGCCGAAAAGGUUGUUCACAGCUAA